CUCUUUACUGUAUGCUUGUACGGGUUAGAAUUUGCCAUCGAGAUUCUAUCCAGAAUGUCAUCUUUUGAUGUCAAUCAAAAAAAUGCGUGUGGACAUGCCGGUCUUUACCUGGCCUCAGCUGCGGGUCAAAUCCGUGUAGUGGAUAGUCUAUUGAAGCUAGGUGCUGAUCUCACAAUUGAAGGUGGACGCAACACUACUGCACUGCAAGCUGCAUGCGCCAACGGCCAUGGACACAUUGCGCAACUCAUCAUUGACUUCCCAU